AUGGAGAGAAAGAAGACGGCCACCGAGCUCGUCUGCGAGGACGAACAGCGCUUCUGGGCGAGCUUGAGGCACUUCUAUGGCCAGGGAAACGAGUCGUGGGAAGCCCGUCCUGGAACACGUUGGCCGGCCGGCAGCAAGAAAAUCAACGUCUACACGCUAUUCGUCCAGAUUGUAACAAGAGGCGGCUUUGACGAGGCCUCCAAGGACAAGAAGAACUGGUGGGAAGCCGGCCAUAUUGCCGGUGUCCCUCCUGGCCUGGUUGGAACCCUCUCGUACCAGGUUAAGCAGCUGUACGCAGAGCGGCUGCUGGACUUCGAAUACUACCUGCUGCUGAUUCCUCCGUCCGAGAUCCCCAGCGAGUCUCAGACUUACCCUCUCCUCUCACCCUUUUCUUCCUUUUCUUCCUCUGGACGAUACAUACCCUCUCUCUUUUCUCUCUGUUUUUCAUUAUCUGCCUCUGUUGUCACUCCCAAAAUGGACGUCAUCGAGCAUGAUACCCCGAGCAAUCGGCGUGGUGUCUUCGCUACUUCUUCCUCGCGUUUACCGCUGCCUCCUGAUAUCGACCCUCUCAUGACACUCGCUCUACCAGAUCAAGGUAUGCCUUCUUUUUGCCUCUUGGUUGGUCCUGAUUCUAACGCUGAAACAGUUCCCAAUAUCUAUCGAUUCUGUUGGAUGGGCAUCCGAUCGGACAUCGACAAGGAAGUUGAUUUUGCCCUUCACCAUCUUAUUGUCAUUUCUGAUGAACGAGGAGACAAACUCAAGUUUAGUGACUUUAACAUGUUAGCGGAGUCCCUUGUUAAGCAAGUUUUAAAGGUUUCUCUUCUCGUCUACGGCCAGGAAUGGGUCAUCGAGCUCGAUCACCCAAAUAAUAUCUCCUCCAAAAAUCUCAAUGUCAUCUUCGCCUUGACUGGCACACCUGAUCUUCUACAUCGUAUCCAAUCCAAGGAAGUCUGCCUUGACGAUACCAACCUCGAAGAUGAGUCGUUCCGCAUUAGACUCCAGCGUGUCAACCAGGCAGCCCUCAUUAUCCGAAACAUGUGCCUGCUUGAGGAAAACGCCCGCUGGUUUGCCGAAGAGCCGCUGCUGAGAGACUGUGCAACUAUCGUCCUCAAUCUUCCCUGUCAGGACAGGUUCAUAGAACUCAAGAACUAUUUUUUGGAAAUCAUUGAACAAACUUGUCCCUUCUGGGACAUUUGGGACCAAGACCCGUUAUACCAGACACUUAUCAAGCUGAUAAGCAGUGAAGACCGUUUUCAACUCUUAACCGCCUUAAAAUGUCUCUCUCUGUUCGCCAUUGAGCGCAUCGAAUCUAAGAUCAUUGAUAGGAUCCCGAGCCAGACUAUCGAACAGGUCAUCCGCCUCACACUUCUCAAGCAAGAUCCCGAACUUCUUUCUGUCGCCCUCGAUUUCCUGUAUCAGUUCUCCCGCUACCAACUCAAUGUGCAGCAGCUUGUCGCAGACUUCAAUCUUCCAGUUGACCUUAUACCUCACCUUGUCCAUCUCUUGGACUACGGCAGCGUGGUCCGCAACAAGGAAAUCAUUGAUCAAGCUGAGCGCAAGGCCCCGCCUCCCAACCAAAUCCCUAUUCCACACCAAGAUCUUUAUCGUGACCUCGUUAAGCACUCCGAACCGGAACGUUGCAGCCUCUGGCUCAAAUGCUGUUUUGUCGAAGAUCCAGAAUGUGAAAUUACUCAACUGGCAAUCUGGCAGGCCUACCAAGCGUGCUUCUCUCAAAACCGCAUCCCAGGUGUCCAAUCAGCCGAUACUCUCCAAGCCACUGAGUUCAUCAGCACAGUUAGCAAUACCUUCUCCUCUGCUCAGGCCAAAGUUGUUGAAGGCCCCUCUGCUCGGUUCAUUAUCCGUGGCAUCCGCCCCCUUGAAACCACCUACAACCUGGACGGGUUUCCGAGCCUUCACUGUCUCUGGGGCAAACAAGGAGAGAUCAGGUGUGAUCAUGUAUUCAUCGAUCCUGCUAUUCUGCGCAAUCAUGUGUUCCAAGACCACCUUCAACUCAGCCCCUUGGCCUCAGGCGGAUGGGAUCUACAGCCGCAGCCUUCUAACCCUCGCGCAUGUCACUGGGACUACUGCUCAGAAUACCUAGCUCCCACGCCGAAUAUUGCACUGAUAGCUGGACACGUCUCCGCUCACCUUCCUCCCCUUCGAGACAUGACCAAGCCACCACCCAUUCCACCCCGAGCCAUCAUCCAGCCGAAAUGUGCCCGACUAUUCAAGCUUUAUCCCACACCUGUCGACGAACACGGCGAACCUUACGGAAUUGCAUACAAGGCAUUGCUUGUAAUGAGAUACAUCCUUAUUGGACUUCCAUCCACACCAUCUGGCAGUCAAUAUAACAACUUGCCAUGGCGAAAGGUAGUCUUUGGAUCGCAACGCUCACACCUGAUUGAAGCAGCAACCGAGAAUCCCAGUUUAACCAAGGAGAUAUUUGCAUUCCUAAAUGAGCUCGACUCUUCUUAA